UGAAAAUUCUGUUUUGGUCUCGAAAAAUUAAAUUUUUUUCGAUUUUUCAACAAGAAUUUUCAUUAAAAAUUAUUUUGAAAAAUAUUUUCAAGUACAAAUUACUGAAAUUCAUUCAUCCGAAGCACUGUCGAAGCCGCAUUUAUCAGAAAAUCGUCGUUUAAUUGACUGCACCUGUUAUCUCCUCAUUAGAAUUUUAUUAAAAACCAUCAAAAAUCUUAUCAGAGAAGUGUUUACGUUCGCCGCUGUUUAUCAAACAAUCGUCAAAACGCUGUUAUCAGUCACUGCGUAGCACAAAAAUCAAUUUUCGACAUGCUGCUGCGACGGACCUCAUCAAAUUUGCGUUUUUUAGCGAAAAACGUUCGAAAAAUCUCGGUUUCGAGUUGUGUCAGGAAGGAUGUUGUCCCGCCCGAGGAUGAGGAUCCCAUUAAAAGGACCAUUCGGAUAUUGAAGGAUGAUAUUAAACGCCCGAUUCAGCGAUACAAGAAUUUGUGGGAAGAGGCGAAAAGGGAAAGUGCCUCAUUGGAAGACCUGGAAGUCGAUCCGAAGAAGCAAUUUCAGUCGCAUUGCGAUGUUUUGGUAAUUGGAGGCGGAGCGAUGGGCAGUUCUGCGGCUUAUUGGCUCAAAAAACGGGCUCGCGAAGGUUUAAACGUCGUCGUUGUCGAAAAAGAUCCAACUUAUGCCACUGCUUCGACACCGCUUUCGGUUGGAGGCUUAAGACAACAAUUUUCUAUUGAAGAAAAUGUGAUGAUGAGUCUCUUUGGCGCCGAAUUUUUACGAAAUAUCAAGCAAGAACUCGGAGAUGACGUCGAUGUGAACUUCAAUCCGUACGGAUACAUGAUGCUGGCAUCCGAGGAAGGCGCCGAAACGUUAAUUGAGAACUCAAAAAUGCAAAAUGAGCUGGGGGCACGUAACGAAAUCCUUACCGCAGAGCAAAUUAAACGCAAAUUUCCGUGGAUUAACACUGAAGGCAUCGCUGUUGGGUGUCACGGACUCGAAAAAGAAGGUUGGUUUGACCCGUGGAGCCUUUUGUGUGCCUUUAAGAACCGCGCGAUCGAGUACGGAGCACAUUACACACAAGCGGAAGUCGUAGGAUUCCAAAUAGAAACAGAUGAAACCACGAUGUCGCCUCAUGAUGACUUCGGACACUUGCAAAAACUCGAUAAGGCGAUUGUCAAAAUGCCGAAUGGCGAGAUACGGACUAUUAAAUUUGCCAUUUGUGUUCUUGCGGCGGGCGCACAAUCCGGAAAAAUCGCAAAAAUGGCGAAUAUUGGCACCGGAAGGGGAGUUUUGAAUGUCCCGUUGCCUGUAGAGCCGCGAAAACACAAGUAG